GUCUGUGCGACACUAGAGCCCACACACUGGCUGUCAGGGGAUGCCGGGAAUAGAGGCUGAACAGGCAAACGGCCAAUGGGAAUCAGCUCCUCAAUACAAUAUCCCGCUGACACCCUUCAAGUUUUGGUUGACCUACAAACGUCAAUAUCCAUUUAGCGCCGUAUAACGGAUCCUGUAAGCGUUACAGCUGUCCUAAUAGAACAAGCAAAACUGUAGAGCUAGUAUGUGAUGUAUCGUGUGCAUAAAGUCUUUAUUCGUAUCAUAAGCGCAAUGAAACCAUUAGUGCAGCAAAGCGCACACACAUAUGGGCUCCAUCUGCCCCUAGGCCCCCUGAUGACGUUUCUAGCACCGCCCUCAAAGUCCUGUGCGGCGCUGGAUUUCAGCCCCGCCUCCAUGCAUGGCCUCUCCCCACAACUCCUCAGUCCUGUGCGGCGCGGCGGGAAGGCCCCGCCUUCUGUGUGACAGACACUAUCACCGCCUCUCAGUCCUGUGCGGCGCUUGGCUAGGGUUGUUCACACCCCUUUGUUGCGUCAGCGGUAAGCCCCGCCUUCCUGUGCGGUGCUGAGCGCUGUGUAAAGCUGGCCCUGUGAUGUCUCAGGUCCCAAUGUUCCGACGGGGGGCAGAAAAAAGAAAGAAGGUGAAAGAAGCGCGGGCGGCCGUGUCCAUUGCGCAGCAAGCGACAGCUGCGACUGAACAACAUGAAGUGACCGGGGGGCCCCAAGUGGGCCCAGAAGAAGAACAAGCAUCGAGGAGCGGUCUCCUGGAGCAGGAAAGCUCGGUGAUUAGCAUGGAGGAGGAGGAGGAGGCCACGGGGGACGGCAGCUUUACGGAUGUUUUGUACCCAGACCUAUCUCAUUCACAAGAGGCAGGACUGUUUUCAUCCCCUCCUCCUUCCUGCUGGAGUUCUCCGGACGUUAGCGGAGAUAGCCAAAUCCUUGGAGGAGUAGCAUCUGGCCAUUGUGAGAGGGCUUCCAGAGCUGGGAACAGCCGUAUUCCUGGGAAAGACCAUCGACGUUAUUACCACAAUCAUUGGAGGCUUGAAUACCUGAUGGACUUCAAUGCUCGCAGUCACAGCAUGAUCUGCAUGGUGUGUGGAAGUUCAUUAGCUACUUUGAAACUUAGCACCAUCAAACGUCACAUUCUGCAGAAACACCCCUAUUCCCUUAAUUGGACAUCCAGUGAAAAAGAGGUUAUUAUUGGCAGCUGGGAUGCACACCUUUCUGUGGAUGCUCAGACACUAACCGCUGCAGAGGACCCUGGUAUUCCCAUUCCUAAAAAAAGGCGAAGACGCCUCCCCCCUGUUAGUAAAGGAACCUGGCGCCCCUUACCGGGACCUGAACUUUCACAACCUUCUCCACCGGACACUAGCCAUUUAGAACAGUAUUUGAAUGAGUCACUUCAGCAGUGGUUCAGAGUUGAAUUUCUAAUGGAUUAUGAUUGUCAAGGCAACCAGCUCCACUGCAUGAUGUGUGCUACAGUACUACCCAGCCUUAACCUGGCUGACAUAAAAAACCACAUACUGCAGACCCACCCAACAUCCUUACAACUUACUCCUACGCAGAAAAGUGUGAUUCUUGAAGCUUGGGCAAGUCGUGGAGAAAAUGUAGAGGAAGAGAUGGAAGAUGAAUUAGAAGAUGAUGAUGAAGAGGAGGAAGAUGAUGUUUUGGAAAAAACAGAAGUGGAAGACAGUAAUGAAAGAGUUAAUGUUAUAAAUGCGGACGAGAUUUUAGAUGGGCUUGAAAAAGAGAAGAGUGCUGCUACAUUAGAGAUAACAGAAGAGGGUGUUUCUAGAUAUAAGAAGUCCAAAAAUGUGGAGAAAGAGCAGCUUAAGUUGAGUAAUGUACCACACCUGGAGGGAGAGCUUAAAGAGAGAGAUGAUCAAAUACUAGAAUAUGAUAACCAAAAGAUAAGAAAAUCUCUGCACCCAACAGAUGAAAAGCAAGAUGUCUGUAAAGCUCCAGUGUGGGAGGAAAAGUCUCCUAUAUUGGAAGAAGGAAAGCACUUAAACAAGAAAGAGGCUCAGUUAUGGGACAAUAAAAACAUAAAGCCAAGACCUGCUCUUGAGUCAGAAAAGGAGGACCAUAAGAGACAGGAAAAGCCUUUAAAUAAAAUCCAUAAAUCUCUUAACCAGCAAAAACAAUGUGAAGAUCCCCCAAGUGAGGACGAUGUGAUUACUGAAGCAGAUCCGCUACAGAGGAAAAAUAUACAAAAAGAAAGGUCAGAUGGAAUAGAGGAGGAAAACGGAACACAACUGAAAGAAGGGUGUGAUGAUCAGAAGUUGCAAACUACAGUGGAGGCACAGAUAACUGUGGAUGAAGAAAAGAAGCUAUCCUCGAAUGCAGAAACAAAACAGAUUGUGCAAACGCAGCAUAUUGAUAUCAACGGAAAGGCAGUGCUGGGCAUUGGGCUCCCUGUAUUAAAAGUGGGUUCGCAAGCACCAAUCAUCAUUGCUCGUGUAUCUGUCGUACCAGACUCUUCUGUCAUCCAUCCCAUGAAACCCUGUCUUAUGAAGCCUUGGAAGUCAUCCACCCUCCAGCCCCUCAUGCCCACCACAGUCCAGCCCCUCAUGCCAGUCACAGUUCAGCCCCUCAUGCCAGCCACAGUUCAGCCCUACAUAACGGCCACAGUUCAGCCCCUCAUGCCGGCCACGGUUCGGCCCCUCAUGCCGCCGGCCAUGGUUCGGCCCCUCAUGCCGGCCAUGGUUCGGGCCAUCAUGCCAACCAUGGUUCAGCCCAUCAUGCCGUCCAUGGCUCAGCCCAUCAUGCCGGCCAAGGCUCAGCCCAUUAUGCCGGCCACGGCCCAACCCAUCAUGCCGGCCAUGGCUCAGCCCAUCAUGCCGGCCACGGCCCAACCCAUCAUGCUCCCCUCUGUCCAGCCCAUCAUGCCCACCCCAGUCCAGACUGUAAUGACCAUACCCUCCUCUGCCCAGCCCUUAAUUCCCACCUCUACCACAGCUAUAAAACCCACCCUUGGUCAACCUUUGUCACCCACCCCCAGUCUUCCCUUGAACAUGAACCCUUCCCCAUCUACUUUUUCUGCAACAUCUGAACUGGGCAAAUCCUGGAGAGCUAUCGCUCCCAAAGUUUCUGAAACAGAGUCAACUCUUCCUAUACCACCUUCUGUUGAUGUCACCCGUUGGCCAAUUGGAGUUGACUCCAUGCUUUGGGAAGUUUGCCUUUGGAGGCAGAACAAGGACAAUAGUCAAUAUGGUGGCUAUCAGCUCCACUGGCACUCAGAUUUCUUGAUGGAUUACAACGGACUGCGGGGCAGUGUUGUAUGUAUGUACUGCUGCUCAUCCCUCACUGUUCUGAAAGAAAGUAGCAUCAAAAGGCACAUCAUACAGAAACAUCCACACACAGGAAACUUUACAGCUGAAGAAAAAAUUGCUGUUAUCCAUGAGUGGGAGACACGGGUGGCUGAAGUGAGAAAGAUGGUGCCUGAUCUAGAGAAAGAAGCAACAGGUGAUUCAGACAAAGCUCAGGAUGGUGUCAUUGUGGCAAAUGGCGACCAUGUUGAAGGGGCAGAAGAAGAGAAAAGUACUACGACAAAUGUGCAGACCGCUGAAGGCCGUGGAGCCUCCUGGGAAUUUGCUUUUGGAAGAGUCCAAGGAAAGACAAACGAUCCUUGCACAUACCAGCAUGAACGCUGGAAGCUAGAAUAUCUGAUGGAUUACACGCCCCAGAAGGAUGGAUUGAUCUGUAUGGUGUGUGGGGUGAUUUUAAUGAAUCCUAAAAUGACUACUGUUAAGAUGCACAUCCAGCAGAAGCACCCAGAUACCACCUAUCUUAGUGACCAAGAGAAGACCGUGGUCAUGGAGGAAUGGGAACAAAAAAUGGCUGCAGGACUAAAGCAGACAGCCCACCAAGAUGGAGAGGAAAUCUAUAUUGAAAUCAAUGAAGAGUCAUCUGUGUCUGGAAACAAUGGAUUCGAUGCUGAGAACUGCAGUCCUCAAUCAAAAAUUAUAAUCCCAUCUGUUUCCAAACCUGCAUCUUCAGCUCCUUCCCUCCCUCCACCCUGUAACAGUGCUAAGCGCAACUACCAGGUCCGUUGGCGCACCGAAUUCAUGAUGGACUACGACUGUCGCCGUCAGGGUCUUAUCUGCAUGGUGUGCGGGGGCACCUUGGCCACCCUGAAAGUCAGCACUAUUAAGCGUCACAUUGUCCAGGUGCAUCCAUAUUCCGUGGACUUCACAAUUGAGGAAAGGCAGAGGAUUCUAGAGGCGUACAGUGAGAUGGCUCUACAUUACAUCCACUCUGAGGAGUGUUUCAAACAACAGCCACAGGAUGAGGUGAAAAAGGGCCGGAAGAAGAACAUAAAGUAAAACAAGAGACCCUACUGGGCAUCCCACAGUUUUUUUUUUUAUGUGUGGCAGGAGACCUUUGCUUUUAGUGGCUUUACCCUGCCAUUCUGAAGGAGGAGGAUUUCCACUCUUCUUUUUUUUAUCACUCAUUGUUGAGAUGUUAUCUCUUUAAGUAGUGAAGCAAUGUUUUUUGUUUAUGUUUUCAGACAGAGACUGUUGUGGCUAAUUUGGCCCUGUCGGAUACUGACUGUCCCAGAAAUUUCAUUUGACAAACCUGCAGAGCUGCCAUAUUGCUGCUUCCUACAAUACGCUGCCACAUAACCAUGUUCCUGUCCUUUCACCAUGUUAUACAAUGCUCUGCUUAGACCCGCCCAAAAAUAAGCUCCUUUUGUUUAGUAGAAGCAUACAAUUUUUUCUUUAGCCAACAAAAUCCUUUUUUUUUCCUGAUGACUGGCAGAAUCCUCUGAAGAAGACUUUUCAUGCGAAGAAUCCCCUUGCAAAAAAAGGAAGCAAAUGAAUAUUCCUAUUAUUCAUUUAUUAACAUGUUUAGAGUCAAAGCGGUCUCCGUUGCAAAUCUUGCUUGUUUGCUAUUAUGUUGCACAAGCUAGAGGAUAUGAUUGGGGGAGUACUGGUUCUCUGACGAUAAAAUAUUAACAUUAUGUAAAAUGGAUUCCCUUGCAAAACGUUAUUUUUAUUCUCAAUAUAAAAUGAAUUUUGAACAGAAA